GGGGGUGGAGGAGGCGGAGAGUGGUACCCCCCGUGCGCACGCGGGGUAGCGAGCUCAGGGAUACACGCAGAGAGAAUCUCCACGACCGCCGCCACUCGCGCACCUUUAUUAGUCGUGGCUCUCCGCCUGCCGAUGUGAUUACACCUGUCCCGUCCUCUCCCUCGUCCGUCCUUCUCCCUGGCUUUUACGCUCUGACAUCGUCGCCUGCGCCUCCUCCUUCCCUUCCUCCUCGACCUCCUUCACGCACUCGGCGCGCCUCAUGUCCAAAGUCUGAGAUGGACGUGGAGGCGGCGGGCAUGGUGGUGAAGGGUCAGUGGGACGACGACGUCCGCGCCGUCCAGCAGCGCCUCACGGACAUCUUCACGAGCGUGUUCACCACGUGCGACGUGCCCGAGCACGCCAUCCUGGGGCCCUGCCUCCUGUCCAGCGCCUCUUUCAUCGACACCAUCGCCUUCAUUGCGCUCAAGGCCGCCGACAAGCGCACCGCGCCCUACAUAUUCAGGGUGGACAGCACCGCGUCCCAGGGCGCGGCGGACGGCGUCGCGUGGCUGCGCCUGGUGCAGCCUGCGAGGGACCGCGCCGAGCAGAACCUCGAGGCCUACCUCAAGAACGGGCAGCUGUUCUACCGCUCCCUACGCAAGAUCUCGCGCGACGAGGAGCUGCUGGUGUGGUACGGCAGGGAGCUGGCCGCCCUGCUGCGUCUCGACGACACGGUGCCGCACAAGGCCGCCAACGGAGGCUCCCCGUCGUCCCCGCUGCUGCGAUGUGGCGAGUGCCAGCAGGCGUUCCACUUCGAGUUCCCCUACGCGGCGCAUCUGCGCUUCCUGUGCCAGAAGCGGCGCGACUUCUCGAUCCUGCACGAGAACCUGCGCAUCCUCGCCUUCCCGGGGGGCGGCCCCGCACAGCACCACCACCACCACGGGGGUGGCGGUGCCGCCGUGCUGUCCCCGGCGGCCCUACUUCACCAGCACCUGCUCGAGGGCAAGCGGGCGGCCGCCGCGGCUACAGCGGCGGCUGCCGGCCUCCUCCUCGAGAGCGGAAAGCGCGUCACCAACUUCCACAGCCUGGCGCACGACAUGGAGAAGGCGCGGCGGCCGUCGAGUGACGCGGACGAGAGGCCCCCAGCCAAGAGGGCGCGGGUGAGCGCUAAACUGCUGCCCGCCUCGGGCGACUCCCCGUUAGCGGGUGCGAGCAAGGGCGACUCUGCGCUCGUGACCAAACCCGCGUCGGCGCCCGUCGUGGGCGCUCUCGACGAGCACCGCGACGCCGCCGCCACCACCACCACCGGCGGCGGGGGCGACGGGGGUAGCCGCGACGAGCGAGUGGUGAAGGACGGCCGCGAGCGCUCCUCGGAUGACCUCGACGAGGUCCGGGAGGCGCCGAGGAGGGCGUGCUACGCGACGGACGUGCUGCAGCACGGCUCGAAGCGCAGCGCGUUCACAGAGGUGGUGCGCAAGGCGGGCAAGGAGCGCGCCGAGGACGAGGCGUGCGAGGCGUUUGCCGCGGCGCUCAGGAGCCGGAGCGCCUCCGCGGAGCUGUGCGGCGGUGCUAAGGCUCUGUCCGAGACGCGCGCCGAGGUGGCCAUCAACGCCGCGGCCGCCUUCACGUCGCUGCUCAAGUCGCCGCUCGGCGGCGCCGAGCGCAAGAGCGCCUUCUCGCAACCCGUGCGGCCGUUCGCGCAGCUCUCCGCCUCCAUGCUGCCUCCCUCCAUGCAGGGCUCGAAGCAGCACGGUCUGGAGAUCAACGGAGGAGGAGGAGGAGGAGCCGGCGGCUUGCAGAACGCGUACAAGCAUCACCAGCAGCAGCAGCAGCAGCACCAACCGCCGCACCAUCAUCAUCACCACCAUCAGCACCAUCAGCAGCAGCAGCAGCAAACCCCGUUCCUGCUAGCACCCGCCUUCUGGCCCAAGGCGACCGCGAUCCCAGUGCAGCUGCCCGGAGCGCUGCCCCUGCUGCCCCCGACGCUCACGCCGUUGGGGCUGCCCGCGCAGAACUGGUGCGCCAAGUGCAACACGUCGUUUCGGAUGACCUCCGACCUGGUGUACCACAUGCGCUCGCACCACAAGAAGGAGUACGCAGAGGAGCCCGUGCUGAAGCGGCGCCGCGAGGAUAAGCUCAAGUGCCCCAUCUGCAACGAGACGUUCCGGGAGCGUCACCACCUCUCCAGACACAUGACCUCCCACAAUUAAAGGGCCCCCGGCUUUCGCUGGCUUUGUUUCUCCUACGACUGGGGUUAACUGAACCCUACUCACCCCCCCCACCCACCACCACCACCCCACCCCCAUCAAGGACGUGCGAUUUUCAACGUUGUUGUUGUUACCAAAUCGUCUCCGUUGCACGCUGCACGCGCCUCGUGAUUGCAAAACAAGUCUCGCGUGACGAAGAGAGCGCUGAGUGUAAUUCAUAGUUAUUCGUGGUGUGUGUGUGCGCGCGCGUGUGCGGGUUACGUCUGGAAGACAAAGGUGGCACGGACGUGGCGUUGGCCACACACCCUCCCGUGUGCCGUGCCGGCCUUGAUAGGUGCUCGCAAACAGCGCUUGCUCCCGAGAGUCUGUUACAGGCGACACGGGGCGGUGUCUGUCCUCGUCAUCGUCCGUGCAGGUCACGUGUGAUUUAAGCGCCGAUGAAAUCGUAGAGAUCGUGUGUGCGACGCGGGGCUUGAUGUUUCAUGAAACAUUCUCGGAGCACCCCCAGGGUUCCGGAUCUCCCCCCACGGCACUCCCACCACCCCCCUCCCCCUCUACAGCGCGCGGGUGUGUGUGGGGGGGGUAUUUUUAGUAGAUCAACCCCGGACAGCUCCGACUGAACUUAAGCUACGUCUGUGUACGUGUGGAACUCAAGUGCAGAUCUGGUGUGCCCCACGCGACGCACCCGAAAUUUGAAUCGGCCCUUCCAGCGUCAAGUUAUGUUACGCGUUUGGCAAUCAUCGGGCGCGUGCGGCGUGUAACACCGUGAUUUGUAUCUGUACGGAUAAUUUCUGAAACGUUGAAAAUGCGGACCGUGUUCUGUCGCGAUGACUGGCUUUUGCAAAACUCUUGCGAUUGGGCCAGGCUAAGCAGAUAUCAUGUAUAUAUUGUAUAUGGUAUAAACGUAUAUAUGAAACAGUGUAUAUACGGUAUAUAGAGCGCGCAUGUUGCGUCUUUAGAGAGGUGUGUGUGUAUAUAUAUACGAGACGGGGGUCAAAACGUUCCGCCGACGAGACACUGGGCCCUGUCGCGCGAGCAGGAGAUCCCAUAGCCGUCUCGGCGAAAAGUCGAUCACCAGUUAUGUCGACUUUUCUGCCGAGUAGCACGCUUGGUCACGUACGGCGCGAAAGAAGUUCAGAACACACGCACGCACAUCCGUGCCGAAAUGUCAAGUCGGCAAAUGCGGUCCGCUUAAGGUUCCUCCUCCUAGAGGCGGGGUAUGGCUUUUGUGCCCAUCCAACCGCGUCGCUGAUGGCCUAAGUUGCCACUUAAACAAUGCGUGAGGUGUAUUUCAUAAGUCUAUUUUAAUAACUCCGAACCGUAAUUAGUAAUAAUAACAAUAAUAAUUCACAGCCCUUUGGUCAAUCAAAAGCUAGAUGAGGGUCCUCUCUGCGCCGUGUCGGUAGGUAGCGGUUUUUUUUAACCAUACUUCACCACGCUGGUCAGUGCGGGUUGGUGAAGGUGUGGAGGGAGGAGGUCGAAUCGACUUAGAUGACUCCUCAUGGAUGGUGAGCCACGAGCAGAAAUCUUGCUCGCGUCUUCAGCUUCGGAGCUUAUCGCGUCCGUCGGGUGAUGCUUCUGAGCGUGGUGCCGUAAACUGUGUUGGCGUACGUCGAUGAGAUUCGGUUCUCGAAAUGUUUUGACCUCCCCUCGUAUAUCGCGGGUUUGUAUGAUAAGGCCCGUGGAAAGGUCACGCCGUUACAAUUUCGUACCCUGCAAGCGACACGCGCUCGAGAGAGACAGCGAUAUGGACGGAAACGUUCACAUGACACGGUAGAGAGAUUAAAACAAACAAAAAAACGUCAAAGGUUGUUUAUAGAGGUACAGAUGUUGAAGCACUUUUUGUUGUUGUUAUUGUUGUUAUUGUUCUUUUCAAAGGCAGAGUCGUUGCCAAUUGUAAACGCGCGACGUGGAGAUUGAAAUGCGGCGGUCACGUGGCAAUGGACGUGCGCUCAAUUUAAAAUGAAACCUAAACGAUCGUGGGGGUACAUUAAAUGGCGAUUUUAAAGGACACGUAUUCGCCCCACGCACUUGAGGUCAAUUAAGCGUGAUCAGUCAAUUGCGUAAAGAAUUAAGCGAUUGAUCAUUAUGAUGCGAAUUGGCCACAGGAGGUCAUUACCAAGUCACCGCCGAUAUCUCGUGCACGUUGAAUGACAGAAGCACACAUUGCACACACUAUCAUGGCCAUCGCAAUAAUCUGGAGUAACACCACCACGUCGUCCUCACCGCCUCCACGCCCCUUGUUAUUUUCGGUAUAAUUAACAAAAACAACACAUUCGUCAAUAAUACCACCGUGAACGGAUAAAGACAUAAAACGGGCCAGUAUCACUGACAAAUAUGUUGAGUUUUGUAAUUUGUGCUUUAUGCACAACCACAAACCACCGCGGCCCACCCAGUAUCACAAUUAUUUUGUUUAAUAUAUACGCGUAAUUAAGACACAUCAAGAAUGACACGGACGGCAUUUGAAAGGGAAUGGAAUUGCGCGGGAUCUAGCGUGUUUAUCUUCGUCAGCAGUGGCACAGCGUCUUUGCCAUAGUGGUAGGGGGGGGGGUGCCGGAUUAGCCUGGUAGCUACACGUGUAGUAGCUACAUAUGUAGGAGCUACGGGCCCCGCACUUUCAAAGGCCCCGCACUAAAUGCUUUCAAGC